CUGGCGCCGCCGCCGCUAGGCACGCCGGGAGUCGUAGUUCCGGAGUUCCCAGAGUCCGGAAGUAGCCGGGAAAAAAAUGGCGGGAAGGAUUUCAACGGCCUCUCCUGCGGCCUGGCUGGCUCUCCCAACGCCGCCCGCCCUGUCGGAACCCAAGCCAUGGCCGAAAGCCAGAAGAGGGGAGGAGGCUUCAAAAAAUUCUUUAAAGGCUUUGGGAGCCUCUCCAGCCUUCCCCGGGUCUUUGCUUUCCGCCGCAUCACCCCACAGAGCCACGGAGGGGGGCCUUUUUCUCCCAACGGCUUCCUGGCACCCACCAUUGAAAGCACCCAGGAUGACUUGGACACGGGGCCCAAAAGCCCUUUGCCUUACGCCCGCUCGUGUGACAUGUACAGCCACAUGGGGACCAUGCCCAGGACUGGGAAGAAGGCUGGGAAGAAGGAUCAAGUCAAAGCCAAAAGGACAGAGGAAGGAAAGAGUCAAGAGUUGCAUUUGGCGUUGCCCCGUAAUGUUGUUCGGGGCCCAGCUGGUUCCCAAACUUUGGAACCCUCCCCCAUGAAUAGUGCUUCUAAGUGUUUCCCUGAGUCCAUACAGACUAUAGAAAAACAAAAGAGGGAUGUGCGGGAUCCUCUUCCACCUCUGGAGAGACUCACAAUUGAAAAUGUGCAGGACGACAUGCAUGCCGUAACCAGAAGUCCGCCAUCGCCAUACGAAAUGUACAGCCACGUGGGGACCUUGCCCAGAGCCAAAUCUGGAGCCAAAGAAGCCAAGGAGAAGGUGAUGAAGCCAAAGCCAGAUUCUGUGCUCUCGGGCGGGACAGCUAUCCAGGAAUGUAUCCUCAGCACGGGAAGUCCUGGAGGUUCCAUCAGUGUGGCUGAAGAGAAGGUUGAAAGGCACCAAGAUGGACUCGGAUCCGGCAGCGAAUACGUGAAGUUCUCCAAGGAGAAGUACAUCCUCGAUUCAUCGCCAGAGAAGCUUCACAAAGAGCUGGAAGAAGAGCUGAAGCUCAGCAGCACGGACCUCCGGAGCCACGCCUGGUACCACGGCCGCAUCCCGCGAGAGGUUUCUGAGAGUCUAGUACAGAGAAACGGGGACUUUCUGAUCCGCGAUUCGCUCACCAGCCUGGGGGACUACGUGCUGACGUGCCGCUGGCGGAACGAGCCUCUCCACUUCAAGAUCAACAAGGUGAUGGUCAAGUCCAGCGAAGGCCGCACUCACAUCCAGUACCUCUUUGAGCAGGAGAGCUUUGACAACGUCCCGGCCCUGGUGCGCUUCUACGUGGGUAACCGCAAGCCGGUCUCGGAGCAGAGCGGGGCCAUCUUCUACUGCCCCAUCAACCGCACCUUCCCCCUGCGCUACCUGGAGGCCAGCUAUGGACUUGCCAACGGGAAGCACAGCGGCUCGCACGGCCACAGCAACAACCAGAAAGGGGGGCACAUCAAGCGGAGGAGCAUCACCAUGACCGACGGGCUGACGGCCGACAAGAUCAUCAGGGGCGAGGGCUGCCCCACCAGCGUCUCCUUGCCGCAUCACCGGGACAUCAUCCGGAACUGUGCGGUCAGUGUGGAUCAGAUCCAAGACCUCCACUCCUCGAUAUCUCCCAUCUCCGAGACCCCUGCAACCCCAGCUUACAGCACUGUCUCUCGGCUAAAACCCAAUGGGGGCCAGGCCGGCAACAGCGUCACCCCAGGCUCCCCCGUCACCAGGCGUUCCAGUGAACCGCAGCUGUGCCAAGGGAAUGGGAGCAAAGCCGACCCUUCCGACAGCAGCCGCUCCACCCCGUCCCACGGCUACUCCCGGGCGUCCCCCUCUCCCUCGGUCAGCAGCUACAGCGACCCGGACACAGGACAUUACUGCCAGCUCCACCCUCCCUCCCCAGUUCAAUGGGAACGUCCGCCGGGGGAGGGCAAGGUACCGUCGACCAAGGGCUACGUGGAGAGGCUCAAGGGUGACGAGGCUCAACGGGGCCUUGGACUGAACGGCUCCGAGGCCGGACCCCGGAGGAGGCCGGAGAAUGACGUGGUGGGCUUGGCGGUCCCGGUGGUGGAACGGACCUCUUCCUUCAACCCCGCGGCGUUCCACUCCCUUCUCAUCCCCCUGGAAAACAAGCCCUUGGAAAUGGCAGUGCUGAAGAAGGUGAAGGAGCUCCUGGCUGAAGUGGAUGCCAAAACGCUUGCCAAACAUAUCACCCAAGUGGAUUGCCUGGUUGCUAGGAUACUGGGCGUUUCCAAGGAGACACAGAGACUCAUGGGCGUGAGCUCUGGGAUGGAGCUGCUCACCCUGCCCCACGGACACCAACUUCGGCUGGAUUUGUUGGAAAGGUUUCAUACGAUGACCAUCAUGAUUGCGGUGGACAUCCUGGGCUGCACUGGCAGCAUGGAGGAGAGGGCCUCCCUGCUCCACAAGACCAUCCAGUUGGCCGCGGAGCUGAAGAGCACCAUGGGCAACAUGUUCAGUUUUGCGGCUGUGAUGAACGCACUGGAAAUGACCCAGAUCUCGCGCCUGGAGCAGACGUGGAUGGUCCUACGCCAGCGCCAUACGGAGGGAGCCAUCCUCUACGAGAAGAAACUGAAGCCUUUCCUGAAGAGCUUGAACGAAGGCAAUGAAGGCCCUCCCUUGUCCAAUACCACCUUCCCCCACAUUGUGCCUCUCAUCACGCUCCUGGAGCGAGAUACGGCUCUUCCGGAGAAUCCCGAACCAUGGGAAAACAUGGACAACAGCGUGGAGGUGGUCAUGGCUCACCUGGAAGCCGCACGGAUGGUGGCCCAUCACGGGGGACUGUACCACACCAACGCAGAAGUGAAGCUGCAGGGUUUCCAGCCUCAGCCGGAGCUCCUGGAGGUCUUCCACACAGAGUUCCAGCUUCGCCUUUUGUGGGGCAGCCGAGGGGCCGAGAGCAGCCAGGGCGAGCGCUACGAGCGGUUCCACAAAGUCCUCACGGCCUUGUCCCACAAACUAGAGCCCUCCGUGCGCUCCAGCGAAUUGUAACCACACUCUGUGAACUUUGGAGCGAGACCAGUGAGGGAAGUGCGAGGUGGACUGUGUCUCGGGCAGACGAAAGGAGGAAUCUCCCAGGUUGCAAAAGAAUGGAAGAGCCAAGCCGGAAUACAGUGACUUUCUUAGCAUGAGAUACUGACAAUCAACAUAAUACUAUGGAGAGUGGGUUGUCUUUCCACCUGGCAAAGCUGGCAGUGACACAGCUAGCUCCUCCUUGCUCGCACUUUCCUUACAAACACUGUUUGAAGGCACCCUUGCCAAGCUGUGUUAGGCAGUUGCUCUUGUGCAACUGGGUUUAUUUAUCCUGCAGAAGAGAAGGUUGAGAGGAGACACGAUCACCAUGUAUAAAGUUGGAGGGAUGUCACAAGGAAGAGGGAUGCACGGCUUGGAGACUAGGACUCAGUGGAGCCAUAGGUUCAAAUGACGGGAAAGGAGAUUCCACCUGAACAUUAGGAAGGACUUAUUGACUGUAAGAAGAGCUGUUCAGCAGUGGAACUCUCUGCCUUGGAGUCUGGUGAGGGCUCCUUCCUUGGAGACUUUAAGCAAAGGCUGGAUGGCCAUCUGUCGGGGGUGCUUUGAAUGCGAUUUCCUGAUUCUUAGCGGGGGGUUGGACUAGAUGACCCAUGAGGUCUCUUCCAACUCUACUAUUCUAUGAUUCUAUGACUUGAUGGCCAUCUGUUGGGGUGCUUUGAUUGUGCUUUUCCUGCAUGGAAGAAGAGGGUUGGGCUAGAUGGCCCAGGUGGCCUCUUCCAACUCUGAUUCUAUGAUGUUGCGGGAUUUGCUGGUCCAUGAAGUGAUUUAUGAUUCAGAAUAUGACCUCUCCAAACCGCUGCAAGAUGUCAGAGAAUCAAGCAAAAAUACAGCAGCAUCUUUUCACAGCAAACACAUGUGCUUCAGCCUGUCUAUCAGCAGAGUCCAACUGCCACUGUUUAGUAAACUCACGGAUUCAGGCUUCGUCCAAAUAUCUGGAAGCUUCAGUGUUGCAAUACAGUAAAGUCUCACUUAUCCAACAUAAAUGGGCCGGCAGAACAUUGGAUGAGCAAAUAUGUUGGAUAAUAAGGAGAGAUUAAGAAAAAGCCUAUUAAACAUCAAAAUAGGUUAUGAUUUUACAAAUUAAGCACCAAAACAUCAUGUUAGACAACAAAUUUGACAGAAAAAGUAGUUCAAUACGAAAUAAUGCUAUGUAGUAAUUACUGUAUUUAUGAAUUUAGCACCAAAAUAUCACAAUGCUUUGAAAACAUUGACUACAUAAAUGUGUUGGGUAAUCAAGAACGUUGGAUAAGUGAGACUACUGUAUAUACAAAUGUACAAACAGGAUACGCAGAUCUGUCUUGUACAGUAGAGUCUCACUUAUCCAACACUCGCUUACCCAACGUUCUGGAUUAUCCAACACAUUUUUGUAGUCAAUGUUUUCAAUAUAUCGUGAUAUUUUGGUGCUAAAUUUGUAAAUACAGUAAUUACUACAUAACAUUACUGUGUAUUAAACUACUUUUUCUGUCAAAUUUGUUGUCUAACAUGAUGUUUUGGUGCUUCAUUUGUAAAAUCAUAACCUAAUUUGAUGUUUAAUAGGCUUUUCCUUAAUCUCUCCUUAUUAUCCAACAUAUUCGCUUAUCCAACAGUCUGCCGGCCUGUUUAUGUUGGAUAAGUGAGACUCUACUGUACUUGCAAACAACGGGAGUCAUCAAAAAGUCACAUACAGAACAUAGGAAGAUACACUGAGUCACACAGGAGAGAGAAAGAUGGAUUCUUUCAUCCUUAUACAGUAGAGUCUCACUUAUCCAACAUAAACGGGCCGGCACAACGUUGGAUAAGUGAAUAUAUUGGAUAAUAAGGAGGGAUUAAGGAAAAGCCUAUUAAACAUGAAAUUAGGUUAUGGUUUUACAAAUUAAGCCCCAAAACAUCAUGUUAUACAACAAAUUUGACAGAAAAAGUAGUUCAAUACAAUUUUACAAAUUUAGCACCAAAAUAUCAAGAUGUUUUGAAAACAUUGACUACAAAAAUGCAUUGGAUAAUCCAGAACAUUGGAUAAGCGAGUGUUGGAUAAGUGAGACUCUACUGUAGUUCAAUACGCAGUAAUGUUAUGUUGUAAUUACUGUAUUUACGAAUUUAGCACCAAAAUAUCAAGAUGUUUUGAAAACACUGACUACAAAAAUGCGUUGGAUAAUCCAGAACGUUGGAUCAGCGAGUGUUGGAUAAGUGAGACUCUACUGUAGUUCAAUACGCAGUAAUGUUAUGCUGUAAUUACUGUAUUUACGAAUUUAGCACCAAAAUAUCAAGAUGUUUUGAAAACAUUGACUACAAAAAUGCGUUGGAUAAUCCAGAACCUUGGAUAAGUGAGACUCUACUGUAUAUCCACCUGCUGACAGGUCAUCAAGUAAGGGACACUGGCUGAUACAAACCCUUUGCAAUAACCCAGACGUGGUUAUGACUCUGCCAUUGACACAUUCACAGACAUUACCCAGGUGCUGUCAAUCAACCAUAUUUUUUUAACAUAUGAUUCUAGGAUUCUGUUUCCAGGUCCAUAGCGUGAUGCCGAAACUCCUUAGCAUGAUUCAGAAACUUGGGCCCUCCCGGUGUUUUGGACUCUAACUCCCACUAUUCCUAACAGCCUACCAACUGUUAAGAAUUGUGGGAAAUGGAGUCCAAAACACCUGAAGGGACUCCUGAGCUUUUUCCCCCUUUGCCUUGGCAAAAUACAUACCUGAUCUUCCCAAAGUAUUCAUUUCUUUUGGUUCGGACCCUCCUUCCGGUUUGGUGCCUCUUCUGCUUGUAAAUAAAACUCUUCAGGCCAAAAGUGUGUGUGUAUAAUGUGUAUACACACACGUGGACCCAAAAGGGAAUUGUUUUGUAAAUGGCGACUUCUUCAUCUUCUUCUUUCACUUUUCUUUUUGUAAAUGGAUGUACAUAAACCAUGGAGUGUCUUCUUCUCUCAAUUACGGCGUACAAUAAAAAAAAACUUUUAUGCUUUU